CCUGUUUGUUUGCCUCGUACUUUAUUACAUCAGACACAGAAAUGACGACUCAAAACAAAAAUCAGACAGACAAAAACAAAAUAGAACCAAAAAUGAACAUGGUGAAUCACCAGACUUAAGUUUUAAUUACAUUUCCUAAUUGGGACGAAUCAAUAACAAUUUUUAAAAUUGAUAUCAAAUUUGAAAAUGACACCCUUUAUUGAAAUUUUGAUUCAAGAGAUAUGUAUUUACAACUAUCAAUUGAUCUCUUUCACAUUUGCUUACUGACAGUUAACUGAUCAAAUCACCAUGGAUGAGAAUCACAAUGAUCAUUUGGAUGAGGAAGCAUUAUCUGAAUUCUCCUAUGUUCCUUCUGAAACCAUGCAGAACUUAACCAUUGAAGAAGCUAAACGAAACAUUGAACUGGCUCUAUUAAGAAAGAAUGAUCCAUUGACUUUAAGUUCCAUAAAGGAUCAAGAUCAUCAUCAAGUUCCAUCAUCUUCAUCCCAAGAUCAAUAUUCUCUUCAACAACCUCCUGCUAUUGUUAAACCAGAAUUAACUCCAAUCAUAAAGGAUUCUCCUUUCAGUUCCAUCCAUUCUUCUCCUGACUUUAAAGCUUUCCAACCUCCUCAUUUACCCCCAUUACCUAAUGAUUAUAGAGAAUCUUAUUUAUCAACCAUUUCUCAAUAUUCAGGGGUACCAGCUGAUCCAGGGGCUCAUGCUAUUCCAGUUACCAUUACAAGACAUGAUAGUGGUAAAGCUACUGAAAAGAGUAAAUUAGUAUUAAUCAAUCCAGACCUUCCAGAUGAAAGUGAAACAACUAACAUUCCAAGUAAACCACAAAGUGAAGCAUCUGAAUUUGAUUCAGAAACUAUUAAAAUUGGUAAAUUACCCACUAUAAGAGGUUCAACUUCAACUGCUAGAUCAAGUCCAAAAAGUGAUGCAUCAUCUAAUAAAUUAAAACCAGAUGUCAGUUAUAAUACAACUAUUGAAGGUUCUGUUCCACCUAGAUCUCCAAGAAGACCGAAAUCAGAAAUCUUAUCUGCUAUACAACAAAAUGAAUUAGCUAAAGAAAUUAAUGAAUUUAAUAAGAAUAAACAACAAGUUUCUCAUAAUAAAAGAAAUUCUGCUCAAAUAUCUGAUGAUUUAGAUCAAUUAAUGAAAAGUCUUAGACGUGAAUCCACCUCAUUUUCCGAUGAUGCACUUUCGAACCUUGAUCAUAUGGAUUCAAAAUCAAUAAAAUCAAAUAGAUCAAAAGAAUAUAAUGCUGAUAAUACUACCGAACCAUUAGUUUCCCAUCGUGUCGCCUCAGCACCACCAUCACAACCAUCACCAUCUGAAACUGACGCAUUACCUAAAAUCAGAGGUGUUCCACCCCGUCCGUCAACUGAAAAUUUAAUAAAAGCUCGUGAAGUUUCAGAAAGUUUACAAUAUCAAAAUCAAGACCAACUUCAAGCAAAUCCAUCCAUGGAAUCUGAAUCAACUCUUCCAACACCUCCACUUCCACCUCCUCAUGGUACUGGGAAAUCACCUAUCACAACCCAAAAUGCUUAUGUCCCAGUACCAGUAUCCAAUCAUAAUGAUGAUGAUUAUUACGAUAUUGAACCACCUAAAUUGGUACAUCAACCAUCGAGAGUCAAAUCAGUUAAGGAUUCUACCAAAGAUCAUUAUCAUGAAAAGAAAUCAAAAUCAAUUAAAACCAAAAAGAAGAAAUCUCGUGAUUCAUCUGAAUUAAAACCAUUCAGUUAUCAUACUUUAAUUAAUUUAUUAGAAAGUAUGAAUGGUACAAUUAUUGGUGAAGAAUUUAGUCAAUUGAAUUUACCCAUCAAGGAAAAACAAUUGAUUGAAAAAAUCGUUGAUUCUUUAUCAAGAUUAACCCUGGAUAUGGUUAUUGAUAAGAAUAGAUACGAUAUUGGUAUUCAAAGAUUAGAAAAGGCUCUCAGAGUUUUGGAAGGUUUCAUGUAGCAUGUUUUUUUUAUUCUUUUGGUGUAUAUUAUUUAUUAGUAGGUUUAAUUAUCUACUACUUUAUCAUUUGUGAGUCUCUUUUUGUUUUACAUCUAGUUUAUAUUGAAGGUGUUUAAUGUAAUACAAUAUAUAUCUAUAAACAUUAUUAAAACAACUAUUAUUAUUAUUAAUUU